CGUUCCUCCUCCCCAAAACCCCUCUCACCACCAUCCAGUCUCUCUCCAAAUCUUGGGACACAAAGGCCACCGUACUGAAAUAUAGAUUGACAGAGGCGGGGCGGGAACCAGCGAGCGAGCGAGCUCGGCACGGACCCGGUCCGACGAGAUGCUCAAGGAGCGGCAGAGGAGCAUUGUGCUGCGCCGGAAGUUCAGCGUGGCGUCCAUUCCGUCGGCGGCGAGGCGGGUGCGCCAGGUGAGCGGCGACGACAAGAAGGCACGCGCGCGGCCGAUCUUUUUUGUGUCGGCUAACACCGUGAAGAUGAGCGCUGGAGGCGGCGCCACCCCCUAUCUAAAGAGGGACACCUUUGCCGGGCUGUGGAUGGCGGCAGCGUUCCUGGCGGCCUGCGGCAUCUGCCGCAAACCCCUCGCCGGCGAAGACGCCUACAUUUACAGGGGCAAAUUUGCAUUCUGCAGUGAUGAGUGCAGGGAGCUGUACAUCAAAUGGAAAAGGGUGUGCUCCCUCAGAUCCCGCAAGAAGGCCCCGUCGAACAAGUCCGGCAGCAGCAAGGGCUCGUGCGGCGGGCCAGGCUAACCCAAUAGAUUAUACUAGCUCCUAGUGAUGUGCCAUACAUAUAUGUGGUACAAUCUUCACCAUAUUUAAACCGUCCGUCCAUGUAUACAAGCUACCAGUCUCGAAUAAUGGUCGGUUACAUCCCAUUUCAUGAAUCAGUUUCACCGCUUUGUUGCUGAUAUGGAGCUGCGAGAUAUUUACCUCCAUAGUCGACAGUGUACUCGGUCUAACGAGCAUGACAACCCACCCUCAUGCACAAUGACCAUGUUCUCUGUAUGCCAAGUUGAGAGGUCUUGCACCCAUACUGUAGGCUGUGCAGCUUGGCCUCGACCACCCUAA